CUCUUUGCUUAAAAGCAAAAUGGUUGCUCUCAUUUCAUCAGAUAUAUCACUCUUUGUUUCCUAGAAUUCUGAGAUAUUUCUCUUUCAAAUUUCCAAUCCGCAGUGAUGAAAACAUUGGAUCUUUUUUGCAAAUCCAGAGCUUCUACGGCUGUUUGUUCAAGCCUGGACCGCCGUCCGGUGGCCGCCCGUGGCUACUCCGGCAACCGGAGAAAAGGGCAGCUUCAUUUCGAGAAGCACAGAAAGAGUACGAGCUGUUCCAGCGCGAAUCGAAAGGAUGAUUUUAAUUUUCGAAGAAAAAGCUGUGCGGAUGUGGAUGAUCUGAAGAGCCCUGCUUCCGGUUCCUCUGCUCGAUAUCUGUUGGGGGAUUCGCCGUUCAUUGACUGGUUUCCGGCCGCCUCCGGCGAGGAUUUUCCGGCGAAUCCGCCGGAGGAGAGAACACAGAAAUCUUCUUCUUUGACUCGAUCGUUGACUGCGCAUGAGUAUCGUGGCCUCAAAUCUCCUUCCUCUGUUCUUUCUCACGAAUCCCCUGUUCUAAAAUCACCUUCCUCGGCUCAAUCUCGUCAUCAGGUGGUGGUUCUGAAGGUCUCCCUGAACUGCAAAGGCUGCGAAAAGAAGGUGAAGAAGCACAUCUCCAAGAUGGAAGGAGUGACAUCAUAUAGUGUGGAUUUCACGACAAAAAAAGUGACCAUAAUUGGGGAGGUGACCCCUUUUGGUGUACUGGAGAGCGUGUCAAAAGUGAAGCAUGCUCAGCUCUGGCCAUCUCCAACUUCAUCAACAUCUUCUUCAUCUUCAUCUUCAACACCUAAAUCUUCUGCAUCAUCCCCAACAUUCUGAUUAACUACUAAAGCAAGCAAAAAUCUUUCUUUCUACAAAAGCCCAUCUGGGGUUCGUUUGUAUUAUGGUGAUAAGUUGCAGAAGUAGUGUUUUUAAGUGUAAAUUUUGGUGUUGUGUUUGCAUAUUUCCCUGUUGAGAAAUGUUGUUGUGGAUUUGAGAGAGGAAUGAUGAUGAUGAUUAUAGGUUGUAGUGGGAGAAAAUGGAAGACAUAAUUAAAACUUUCCAAGAGUGAGAGAAUUGCAUGCGGUAGCAAAGCAAUCGUGGGUGGGCACUCGAAGGAGGAAGUUGCCUUUUGGGACACGACUAUUUUCUUUUUCUUUUCUUGUCUGCUGUAUUUCUAUUUCUGUUUAGAAGGCUCUAUUUUUUCUAACAUCGGGUUAAUACGAGUAUUUCCCACUUGUGUCUUCUUUUGGCUACUUCUAGUUUUAACAUAUAUUAUUGUUUGUGCCUCCUAAGUUUUUGGUCGAA